UCAUAUAUACUAUUCUUCUUCUCCAAUUUGAGUUUUAACACAAAUAAUUAUAAUUUCUUUCACAACCAAAAAAGAAAGAAAGAAAAAUGGCUCUUAUUAGAAUCAGUUGCUGCCUCAACUUACCACCAAAGCCUUCAAAGACUUCUCAACUUUAUUCAUGUGUGGUGACAACAAAAGAGGAGAGUAGAACUUUACCUAUUAUUAACAAUCAAAGAAUGGGAGGCUUUGUGGGUAUGAUAAUCGGUUUGGAAAUGGUGAGUUUGGUUAUGAUGGGAACCCAAUCCAACGGCUAUUAUCACGCCAAGCCCAACGAUCGAGCGGCUCUAAUAAGCACUGGUUAUACGAGAGAAUCAAAUUACGUGUCAGCCAAAUGGAGCGAGCGAAUCAGACUAUGUCCACCGUGGCACCUCAACUCGCUCGAGUCCGUCGUGCCGGAAAAUCUUCCCCGGCCUUACGCUCGCCGGAGAUCCGAAUUUGUUGCCCACGCGCCACCUGCUCCGGCACUCGAGUUCGAUUAUAAUCAUGUUUAUGUUAGAGGAGACUGCUUCUCUAUGUAACUCUUUCCUUCUUUUUAAUUUUUUUUUUUUUUUUAAAUGUAAAGAUUCAUAUAGACUUAAUAAAGAAUAAUAAUAAUUCAAUAACGAUAUUUAAAAAAAAAAAAAAAGUUGAUUGAUUGAAAUGUUUGGGAUAUUUUACAAGUACCAUUAUUAUGUGUUUCUAAUUUGUGUAGUACAUGUUGGCGUUUCUUGAAAAGAUUUUUAUAGUACGUGUAGUACAUAUAUAAAUAUAUAUAUAUAUAUGGGAAAUUCUGGCGUCCCUCACACGACUAAGUCCUUUAUGUGAGGUUUAGAAAUUUGCCAAGUGUCAAAUGUACAUUGGUAUUAAAAUGUUGACUUUUGAGUA